CUCGACACCAAGCAGGCGACGACGACGACGACAAGACGCAUGGCCUACAACCCCACUGGAUCGCGCUUCGGGGCCUACGCCCAAGACCCGCGGUACCCGCCACUCCAGCCCUCGACAGCCAUGGCCGACCGGUCCGUGACGACGUCGCCGCCGCAAGCCGCCGCAGGCAACGCUUCGCAAUGGACGUCGCCACCUCCAGUCGCCCGCCCGAGCCCGAAGACGUCGCCGCUCGUCAAUAGCGAACUCACAUCGACGGCCGCGCCAUUCGUGCCCAAGCAGCAUGCGGCGCCCGAGCCCAUGGUGCAGGUUACGCGGGGCGGCUGCAUCUUUUACGUCCCCGAGUCCGAAGCGAAAGCGACGCCGACGAACGCAGUCUUGCGCCACGGACCCGGCGCGCAGCUCCACGUCGAUAUCCAGCCACCAUACGCUGCGUCGGCCUCGGUCAUUCCUUCGUCGCCGAUUGUGACUACGCGCCGGUCGCUGGCGUCCAUGGCGCUGGCGCCAACGGUCCGGCGUCAGCUCGACGCCGAGCACGAAGACAUGCUGCGGCAGGUGCAUCCGUCCGACGAGCGGUACAAGGAGAUCCCGUCGCAGUUCCACUGUAUGUGGCCGCUGGACGUCCAGGACGACGCGCUGCAUCGUAACGUCGCGGGCAGCUUUGGGUAUCCCUCGCACUGCUACAAGGUGAUUAGCGAGACGGACGGACGCACGUAUGCACUGCGCCGCGUCGAGAACGUGCGUACGACACCAGGAAUCACACAGCAAGCUGUCGACAAGUGGAAGAAGGUGGUUCACGCCAACGUCGUGCCGCUCCAUCGCGCGUUCGUGUCCCACGGCGCGCUCUUCUUUCUCUCCGAGUACUACCCGACCGCCACGUCACUGCAUGCCAAGUACUUUGGGAGCCAAGCGUCGUCAGUCGCGUCCGAGGCUUUUCUGUGGAGUCUCUUGACCCAAGUCACGGGGGCACUCCGGGCCAUCCACCGCCACGACAUGGCCUGCCAAGCCAUUGCACUCCGACGCCUCCUUGUCACGGGACACAACCGCGUGCGCAUCAGUGGCACCGGUGUCCUCGACGUUCUCGAGUAUGACACGUCCAAAUCCAAGCGUGUCGAAGCGCUACAGCAAGACGACUUGGUCAACCUCGGCAAGGUCGUGCUCAGCCUUGGUGUCCGACAAGAGAUGUCGGCGACGUCCAACGUCUCGGACCUUCUCGCACAGUUUGCGACCACCUUCUCGGACGAGCUCACGGCCGUCGUCCGUGGUCUCACGCUCCAAAGCACCACCUCGGCGAAUGACCUCGCACUGAUGCUCUUUGAUCGCACCCAGGCCGAGCUCGACACGCAGUACAGUCUGGCCGAUGAGCUGGAAGCGCAGUUGUCGUCCGAGUACCAGAACGGCCGCAUGCUGCUGUUGAUGCUCAAGCUCGGUCUGAUCAACGAGCGCCCGGAUUUCAACUUGGACAGCUCGUGGGCCGAGACGGGGGACCGCUACCUCCUCAAGCUCUUCCGCGACUAUGUCUUCCACCAGGUCGACGAAGAGAACCGACCGGUGCUCGACUUUGGUCACAUUGUCGACGCUCUCAACAAGCUCGACGGCGCGUCGGCCGAGAAGAUUCUCCUCUCGUCCCGGGACGGCCAGUCGGUCCUUGUCGCGUCGUACGCAGAAGUCCACAAGUGCGUCAAGCAGGCCUUUAGCGAGCUGGUGGCCGCGGCCCAGCGCCAGCGCCCGUCGACAACGCCGCUCGCCAAGCCCGCACCGUACGGCGGUCGCAGUACCAACGGCCGUGGGCGCGGGCGUGGCCGGGGCUGAUGCGUCUCCACUUGUAGUAGUCUCUUCAUUCUUUCCUCGCUGACGACCUUAUAAAAAACGCAAUACCUCCGU